CCUCGACUACACACCACAAGUGAAUGAAAGUGCCUGCUGCAGCUUCUGCCCAGAGCGUACAUCUGCUCAAAGGAUGGCUCGAGGUACCGAACCGCAAAGUUUCACAAAAUUUACAGUUCUUCAAGCUUCGUUCGUUUCUAGAUGACACAAGUCUAAGUACACGCACCGUGCAGCUCGUUUCUAGACAUGCGAAUGAGACGGCACUGAGUCAGAAGCUGCAAAAAUUACAGCCAGAGAGUUGUGUAGCUGUGCAAUGUCGACGGCUGCUCAAGCCAGUCGAGAGUCGACGAGCUGGUUGGUUACAAAAGCCAUCACUGAUGAUGCAAGCAGAGUCGAUACAUCGACGUGUCAAUCAUCUAGCAGCGCCCGAAGAGAAUGAAGGAGACUAUGAGUAUGAAAUUGAAGACAUCCACAUUCUCAAUGCAGUCACAGAGCCUCUACCUUUCCUGCCGAAUGAAGAAGCCAACGUCGAUACACUCGUUAGAGCACGCCACAGAACGAUUGAGAUGCGCUCAGAUAGUCUAGGCGGUGCCCUUCGUCUUCGCUCACAACUCAAAUCAAGUCUUCGACAACACCUUCAAUCCAUUGGUUUCCUCGAAGUCGAAACGCCACUUCUCUUCAAAAGCACACCAGAAGGCGCACGCGAGUUUCUCGUACCGACUCGUCGACGUGGUGAAUUCUUUGCAUUGCCACAAAGCCCACAACAGUAUAAACAAAUGCUCAUGGCUGGUGGGAUUCGUCGAUACUAUCAAUUCGCCAAGUGUUUUCGAGAUGAAGAUUCUCGUGCGGAUCGACAGUUGGAGUUUACUCAGCUUGAUUUGGAAAUGAGCUUUGCUGGUGCGGAAGAAGUGAUGCAGGCUGUUUCGCAGAUGGUCUUACAUGUUGCUGCUGCAUGGGGACAGCCUGACUUGUUUGCCACGCGUCAGGACCAGGUGAUUCCUCGAAUGACUUAUAUGGAUGCCAUGGCGAGGUACGGUUCAGAUAAGCCAGAUUUGACCUUUGGUCUUGAGAUUUGGAGUGAACGACUCGAUGACGACUGGCAUGGAAAAGGUGAGCCAACGUUGGUGGAACUCAUUGCGGUUCCCGUGCCCGGACAUGGUCAGUCGCUCAGCAGUAGAGCUUUCAAGCAGCUCCAAACACUCCUGGCACGCGAUGCACCUGGUGUUGUGGCCAUCAAAGUCUCACAGGAGCAAAAACUGCCAGAUAUGCUUGAACCUGCUCGCGAGCACAUUGAUCGGUAUCUCAGCACACAACCCUCCACAGCUUUCUUCCUGGCUCAUACAAGAAACGUUUCCGUCUCUGGAGGUGCUACAAAACUAGGCACUGCGCGUCUCUUGCUACAAACAUUUUUAGAACAGCAAGGGUAUACAGAUACGCCACGCUGGACACCUUCCUCAACACAACCACGUCCUCCACUUCACUUACUCUGGGUGACGGAUUUUCCUCUCUUUUCACCACUCACGCAAGAUGAAGUAGGUCAAGCAGGGACGCGGGGCCUCUGUAGCACGCAUCAUCCAUUCACGGCACCUCACCCUGAUGAUGCUGCAAUCUUGACGCACGAUGCACCGCUGGAGACAUUGUUACAGGUGCGUGGAUUACAUUACGAUCUCGUCAUGAAUGGUUGUGAGAUUGGUGGUGGGAGUGUCAGGAUUCAUGAUCCUGUUUUACAAAAUAGAGUCUUGGACACGCUGGGCGUUGCGUCUUCGAAAAGAGCUGGGUUUGCACAUCUAUUGAAGGCGUUGGGAAGUGGAUGUCCGCCGCAUGCUGGAUUCGCUUUGGGGUUUGAUCGAUUCUUGAGUAUCGUGCUCGCAAAGACGAGUAUUCGCGAGGUGAUUGCAUUUCCCAAGACGAGCGGUGGGUUGGAUCCACUUGUCAAUGCGCCGAGUGCCGUAGAUGCAGAGACACUGUUACGCGAUUAUCACUUGAAAGUAGCAAGUUGAUGAUCCCAAGGCAACGCUUUAUACAACAAUACAAGGUAAA